AUGGGAGGUGACAGCGUGGACCGGCUGCUCGGCGUCCUGCGGCGUCGGCAUACAGACCAGGAGUGUGUUUUGCAUGCGUCUGCUCUCAGUGGACCAGCAGGAUAUUCUGACUGUUUCAGAGGACGAGUGCAGGGAGUUCAAACCCGCCAUCCUGCAGCCCUGCAACCAGGUGGACUGUCCUCCAGCCUGGGAGACCGAACCCUGGCAGCAGUGUUCCCAGUCCUGUGGGGGCGGAGUCCAGGUGCGGAAGGUCUACUGUAAGCAGCUCCUGUCCACAGGGGCCUACAGGAGGCUGGGGGACAGGUCCUGCUGGGGGGCCAAACCUGCCACUAACAGAGGCUGCAGCACCACUGACUGUCUGCCCUACUUGGCAGGAGGAGAAUGGGGAAAG